GACACUCGGCAAAGCAAUACACAGCAGAGCAGAGUAAGCAUGUUGGGUUCUCCCGCCGCCGCCUCCACCUCCACCUCCUCCGCCGCUGCCGCCGUCCGGAGCUCUCUGCUUCACUCCUCCUCCACCGCUCACCGGACCAGAACUUGCCCUUCCACCUCUCACCUGGCACUCGCGGUGUGUGUUCGACUUCAAUCUUGUUCGUCGCGCGCUGCUUCUCCGAUUAAAGCCAUGGCUGCCGAGGCUGAAAUUCUGUCCGCGCCCAACAAGGAGUCUCGCCCUUCUGCUCCUCGGAGCAAGCAGGCAUUGAUAUCUUUGUCUGAUAAAACUGAUUUGGCUUUUCUUGGAAAGGGCCUCCAGGAAUUGGGGUAUACUGUUGUCUCAACUGGAGGAACCGCAUCUGCUCUGGAAAAUGCUGGGUUAUCGGUCACCAAAGUGGAACAGCUUACUUGCUUCCCUGAGAUGCUGGAUGGUCGCGUAAAGACCUUGCAUCCUCAUAUUCAUGGAGGAAUCCUCGCUCGGAGAGAUCAACAGCAUCACAUGGAGGCUCUCGAUAAGCAUGGAAUUGGUACUUUUGAUGUAGUGGUGGUUAAUUUGUAUCCAUUCUACAACAAAGUUACCUCUGCGGCUGAUGUUGAAUUUGAAGAUGGAAUUGAGAAUGUUGACAUUGGUGGUCCUGCCAUGAUCAGAGCUGCUGCAAAGAAUCAUAAGGAUGUCCUCGUUGUGGUUGAUUCACAUGACUACCCUGCACUGCUGGAGUUCCUGAAGAGUAACGGAGAUGAUCAACAAUUCCGUAGAAAACUUGCUUGGAAGGCCUUUCAGCAUGUUGCUUCCUAUGAUUCUGCGGUGUCAGAGUGGCUUUGGAGACAAACAACUGGAGAGAAAUUUCCUCCCAGCUUAACAGUGCCUCUGUCUAUUAAAAGUUCUCUUCGUUAUGGUGAGAAUCCCCACCAGAAGGCUGCAUUUUAUGUGGACAAGAGUCUUGCUGAGUUUAAUGGAGGUGGUAUUGCGACUGCAAUCCAACAUCAUGGAAAGGAAAUGUCAUAUAAUAACUAUCUCGAUGCUGAUGCUGCCUGGAAUUGUGUAUCCGAGUUUAGUGACCCUACAUGUGUCGUUGUAAAGCAUACAAAUCCUUGUGGGGUGGCUUCCCGCGGCGAUAUUCUUGAAGCAUACAGAUUAGCAGUCAAAGCAGAUCCAGUCAGUGCAUUUGGUGGUAUAGUGGCCUUCAAUGUAGAAAUUGAUGAGAAAUUGGCUAGGGAGAUCCGGGAGUUCAGAAGCCCAACAGAUGGUGAAACUCGGAUGUUCUAUGAGAUUGUGGUGGCACCCAAGUACUCAAAGAAGGGGCUAGAGGUUCUCCGUGGGAAAUCGAAAACGUUGAGGAUCCUGGAAGCGAAGGAGAAUGAAAAAGGGAAGCUUUCACUGAGACAGGUCGGUGGAGGAUGGCUGGCUCAGGAUUCUGAUGAUUUAACUCCCGCAGACAUUCAAUUCAAUGCGGUCUCAGGGACAACUCCACAAGAGAGCGAGCUUGAAGAUGCAAAGUUUGCAUGGCUCUGCGUUAAGCAUGUCAAGAGCAAUGCCAUCGUCAUAGCGAAGAACAAGUGCAUGCUGGGCAUGGGAAGUGGACAACCAAACCGUUUGGAGAGUUUGAGGAUAGCUAUGAGGAAAUCUGGAGAGGAGGUCAAGGGGGCAGCUUUGGCGAGUGAUGCAUUCUUCCCAUUUGCUUGGAACGACGCAGUAGAAGAAGCUUGUCAGAGUGGGAUCGCUGUCAUUGCAGAACCUGGCGGAAGCAUUAGAGACCAGGAUGCCAUAGAAUGUUGUAACAAGUAUGGCGUCUCGCUUGUUUUCACUAAUGUGAGGCACUUCAGACAUUGAUGCUGCACUUGCCCUCCUCCUCCCGCUCCAAUAUCGCGAGGAAAUUUUGCGGAAAUAAAUUCUAGCGUCUGUUCUUGCUAUACUGCGAGCGAUGGGUGAAUGCGUUCUGUACUAAAUAUGAUCUGUAUGUGAGUUUUGCAGUCACGCACUUGAUUUGUGUGAUUGCUUUUGGUGCUAUGUAUCAGAGUUGCCGAAAUGAGCACUCAGCAAACUUUGUGACUGUUUUAAA